AUGUCACUCUCUUCACAACAAUCAAAAGAUUUGGAGUCUAAAUACUCUGCACAUAAUUAUCAUCCAUUACCAGUUGUAUUCCAUAAAGCCCAGGGGGCUCAUGUUUGGGAUCCAGAAGGUAAUGAAUACUUAGAUUUCCUUAGUGCUUAUUCUGCAGUUAACCAAGGUCAUUGUCAUCCAAAAAUUAUAAAAGCACUUACUGAUCAAGCUCAAAUUUUAACACUAAGUUCUCGUGCGUUUCAUAAUGAUAAAUUUUCAGAAUUUGCCAAAUUUAUUACAGAUUAUUUCCAAUAUGAAAUGGUAUUACCAAUGAAUACUGGUGUUGAAGCUGUGGAAACUGGUAUUAAAUUAGCAAGAAGAUGGGGUUAUAUCAAGAAAGGUAUCCCAAAUAAUGAAGCUAUUAUCCUUAGUGCUUCAAAUAAUUUCCAUGGUAGAACUCUUGGUGUUAUUUCAAUGAGUACUGAUCCGGAUGCUACUACAAAAUUUGGUCCUUUUUUACCAAAAACUGGUCCAUUGAUACCAGGUACUGAUGAUAAGCUCUUGAGAUAUGGUGUUAUUGAAGAUGUUGAAUUGGCAUUCCAAAAUGCAGGUGAUAAAAUUUCUGCUAUCUUAUUAGAACCAAUCCAAGGUGAAGCUGGUAUUGUUGUACCACCAAAAGACUACUUUACCCAAGUUCAAAAACUUUGUAAACAAUAUAAUGUCUUGCUUAUUGCUGAUGAAAUUCAAACUGGUAUUGCAAGAACAGGAAAAUUAUUAUGUUAUGAACAUUAUCCAGAAGUUAAACCUGAUAUUGUCCUUUUAGGUAAAGCUAUUUCAGGUGGUGUAUUACCAGUUAGUGCUGUUUUAUCAUCAAGGGAAAUUAUGUUAACUUUAGAACCAGGUUCUCAUGGUUCAACAUAUGGUGGUAAUCCUCUAAGUUCAGCAGUUGCAAUUGCAGCAUUAAAAGUGGUUCAAGAAGAAAAUUUAGUAUCAAGAGCAGAAUCAUUAGGUUCAUUUUUCAAAAAAGAGUUAAUUAAAUUACAAUCAAAAUUUCCUAAUGUGAUUACAGAAGUUCGUGGUGUUGGUUUAUUAACAGCUAUUGUAAUUGAUCCAAAGGGAACAGGGGGGAAAACUGCAUGGGAUUUAUGUCUUUUAAUGAAGGAUUUUGGAGUUUUAGCUAAACCUACUCAUGAUGAUAUUAUUAGAUUGGCUCCUCCUUUGGUUAUAAGUGAAGAAGAUUUAUUGAAAGGUGUUGAAGGUAUUGAAAAGGGGUUGGAGAAAUUGAUAAAAUAG